GGAAAUUAGGUUUUUCUCCUGGUUUAGACCCCACCACCUCCUCAGCCAGUUGUAACACUUCUCCAUUUUGUGACAGUUAUUUCUAUAGCUGCUAAUAGCCAACGGUUAGCUGUCCAGAAUUAUAAAUAGUUGAGAGGCUGUUUGUUUCAUCCGUCUGACACUCGACACCAAAGGAUCUCACAGAACCGCAUGCUAGCUCAAGCUCUCAUUCUGUCCCCCCUCGGUGGACACUCUCUCUGGGACAACUCCUCUAUUUCUGUCUGGUCUCCGGCCCCGGGUCCCGCUGCCUGCCUCUGGUCAGAUGCUCAAAGACCUGACUGUGGACUACAUAGAGUUUUUUUUGCUUUGGAUUGUUGUCAAUAGAAAGAGCCAGAGCUGCUAGAGAAGGCCUGAGUGAGGUGAGAGGGCAGGAUCAGAUCAAAUCAGCAAGCCUUUGGAGGAGUUUACAAUAAAGCCCAAAGUAUGGAUUAUAAAACUGGAAGGAAAAGAACAAAUUCCACGAUUGUUCUGGACAGAGGCCAACUAAAAGGCACAAUGCCUUAGGAGCUACUUGCUGUAGAAAAUCCCGACAAAAGGCCCCAAACUCUGGGUCCUGUAGCUCCAGCAGCAGGCAGAGUGUAUCGUUUUGAGGUCUGCGUUUGCAUGAAUGACUGAACAACUGAGAACAGAGCUCUUUGCCAGCUACCCUGCAUCAUGACCUCAGUUGAGAAGCGCCGCUCAGGCCGAAGGAGUGGCGGGCACCGAAAGCACAGCGAUGGAGGUUACAGCGACACCUCCAGUGGUGGAUCCUUUCCCGACGAGACGGACCGCGAGGUCAGCAAUCUGACGGAUCGAGCAUUCAGGAGUCUCUGCAUUGGAGAUGAGGCUGUUUAUAAUGACUCAGACCUCUGUUCGUCUUCUCCUUGCAUCCAGAGAGACAGACAGAUGGCUUUUAGCCAGAGUGGCCAGGAUGGAGACAGAGAGGGCAGAGAGGGGGCGGAACUCAAGAGAGCUGGACAUGAGAGCUUCAGCCUCAGGAUGCAGCAGUACGGACAGGACUGGACCCAUGGAGGAAUGUAUGGGGCUGAGAUACAGAGAGAUCCACAGUGGGAGGUGUAUGGGGAGAGGACACAGGGGCGGGUUUCUGCCACAUUCCAGCACUCCUUUGUAGAAACCUCUCAACAGGAGGAAUCUCUGGGGGAAGAACAGCUGUCCUUCCUCAGCAACGGAGCCACAGAGUCGAGUUCGCAACAACGCAGAAGCCGCUCCAGAGUUUCCUCUCUGAUCAGAGCUUUUAACUCUGAGGGACAAAGGGAUGAACCAGGGAUGGAUGGUAAACCCAGAGAGUGGAACGAUGAGACAAGCUGGGACAAAUCGGCUCUGAUGAGUAUCCAAAGGGAACUUUCUGAGUUCUCUACAUCUUACCAGCAAAACUACAACAACAGCGGUCACUUCCCCUCAGCUGGCUCGUUCUCAUCACGAGACACCAACUUCUACUCCUCUGAAGUAGCUCAAAUGAAUUCUGCAUCCUCUUUUAUGAGAUCUUCCCACAGUAAACACAGCAUGUCAACGCAGGUCAACUGUAACUCUAACUUCUUUAUACACAGUGAGUUUAGUCCCUUCAAGGUAUGGAGGGACCAUAACAGGUUUCCCUUCCAACAAGGAGGAGUCUCAGGGUUUAUGCACUGUUCAGAGUUCCCUAAAUGGUAUGAGACACCAAUGUACAGGGAGCUUUCACUGGAGGCCCAACCACAGGGUCCUUAUAGGUUUGAGGAGAGGGGUAUCAGAUACCCAAGCAAUAACUUGGCGCCUGUGGUCCCUCCCACUUUUCCACGCUCCACCUCAACAUCCUCAAUGCAGCAGAAAGCUUCAGCCGUGGAGAAACGCUGCGAGUCAGAGUUGACAGGUCAUUACCCCCACAGAAAGCGGACACAGAGCCUGGGAACUAACAGGCUCCCAUCGCAACGACCAUCAACCGCAUCACCUACCAGUGAGAUGUCUCGACGUGUCCGGGACACCAUCAGCUCCGUCAAAGCCCUCCAGCAAAAAAUCAAAAUGAUGACAGAGCAAAAUAUCACAACUGGGAUGACAGCAAAUCAACAAGGAGUACUUUGUAGCAAUGAUAAUUUCAUUCCCUUUAGCAAUGAUGCAAAAACAGUGGCACCAAAUGUUGUCAGCAGCAACACAAGCACGACUCCCUUCAACAUCAGCCAGCAACUCACCCCUUUAGUUCAUGCACAUCACGAAGCAGAGACAUCAGAGGUCUGGCAGGACGCAGUUUCCCCUCAACCUGUGGAACAUCCUCCAGUGCGAGCAGAAAGCAGGGGAGCCACUCCGGACGCUAGGAUGUCCAGCUACAAAUCCCGAGCCACGAGCCUGCUCUUCAAUCUCAAAGACAACAGGAAAAGAGUAAAAAGCACCUACAGUCCUGCCAAAUUUAAAGGCUUGGAGACACUGGAGAAAAACAAACAGACCUCGAUCCAGGAGCCUAGAGACACUGUGAUAGACAUCCCUGAUUUUCCAGAUCCAGACAUACAGUUUCUUCAAGCAGAGGAAUCCAGCAGGACAAAUGCUGCCUCACAUCAAUAUGGAAACCAGUACCAUAGCCCUGGAUUGUCACUUACAACAGGCCAAUAUUCACAAUACACUUCAAGUGAUUACCAGACAGCUCAGAUGCAAAGUGAGAUGGUUCAUCACCCUGGGUUCACUGGCUUCAUACAUGAAAAUUACGCAGGCAAUCAGCCGGCUAAUGGACAGAAUCUCCGUGCAGACUUACUGUCAUUUAAUCCCUAUAACCAAGCCAUGAUAGAUAAUGUAGAAACUCUGGGAGGAGAUGUCUACAGGCUUAAACCAUCUUAUACAGCUACAGAAACACCUAGGCUAAAUGCUGACAACAAUAAACCCAGAGAAUAUUUAAUAAGUAAGGCAAAUGCUGAGCAACAUUUUAAUGAAACAGUGGAAAGGGAAUUCACAAAGGCGGAUAGAUAUCAGCAGCUCAAAAACAACAAACAUGAUUACAGUAAUGUGUCCUCACAGGAUGGGUGGAGACAGACAAACAGUCAAGACAUUGAAAAUCUCAGUCUGAAAGCUGUCUCUCCAUGGAAACAAGAGAUAAAUGCUUUAAUGGAAAAAGACCAACAUGCACAGGCUUACCAAAGAGCAGCCACGAUAAAGGAACUAAAUUCACCAAGAGACAAAUACAGAGAAAAUCCGCAAAGUAUAAAUAAAGAACUUGAGAAAAUAGAGUUGAGGGACAGUUUUGGUGCUGGGUUGGUCAAUCCUAACAUUUCAAACCAACUGCCACAAAAUGCUCCAAUCAGUAAUGAUACUAUAGAAAAUCCAGCAUAUUAUGGACAACAGCAACCCGGAGCUUUUGUGGACAAACAUGUACUUCAAAAGUAUUAUGGACACAAUACAGAAAAUGAAAUGAAAGAUAAUUAUUUGACACAGAAUUAUAACAGAUAUACUGAUCAGGAAUACAGAAACCAACACACAUUGUAUUCUAAUAUAGACAAAAGUAUGCAAGAAACAGGUCAGAGAAAACAAUAUACGCCAAUUCCAAAGGGGUACGAAAUGCAAAGUCUCCAGCCAAUAGAAGCUAAACCACUGCAUUAUAUGCAGAAAAAUCCAUUAUCUAACCCUGACAAUGUAUCUGCCCCUGCAAUGGCAAACCAGGUAAAAGAAAAACAGUUUGCGGAGGUCAAGGCUGAACAGGCCAUGGCCGAGCAUAUUAAAGUACAACACGCCCAAGCAGAGCUGGCAAAGGCUCAGCACUGGGCUCAAGUGGAGCAGCCCAGAGCAGCGUCGGCUGGGUUAAUUUUAGCAGGGCAGACUGGUUCGGAAAAAGUCAGAGCAGAACAGGCCAAAGAAGAACUAACAAAGCCCGAGAGAGCAAACCAGGCUAAAGCAAAACAUAAUAAAGAGGAGAAGAGAAAAGAGGAAUGGACAAAACAGUCCAGAGAAAAGCCAGCAGAGCAAACCAGAGAGGAACGGACAAAGGCAGAGCAAACCAGAGUCCAGAAGGUAACAGAAGAGCCUAGACAUAUUUCAGAGGAAGUAGGGGCCGAGCACUUGAGAGCGGAGCAGGGUGAGCAGGUCAAAGCAAAACAAGCUGAAGCAGAGAGGCUAAAAGAAGAACGCAUAAAAACUGAACUGGCAAAGGCAGAGCAGGCAAGAUUAGAGCAAGCAAGAUCAGAGCAAGCUAAAACUGAUCUGGCCAGAAGAGAAAGGGUCAAAGCCGAGCAAAUUGAGGAAGAACGGGUUAGGGCAGAACAAAUUGAAAGGGAGCAGAUGGAAGCAGAACAAAUCAGAAUUGAAAAGGUUAAAGCAGAACAGGCUGAUGCAGAGCGUAGAAGAGCAGAACAAGCAAAACUAGAGCAGAUACAAGAGCAACAAGCUAAAGCAGAACAAGAGAAGACUAAGUUAGUUGAAGUGGGAAAGGUAGAAGCACACUAUGUGCAAGUUGAGGAUGUUAAACAAGAGAAAGCUGAGAAAGAUUCAAUUCAAGCGGGUCGAGUAAAUGCAGAGCAACAUACAACACAGAUAGCCAAAGAGAGAGAGGCAGAGCAGGCAAAGUUGGAACAAACCAAAGUGGAGCUGGCUAAAGCAGAGCUAACAAAAAAAGAGCACAUGCAGGAUAGGUCAGCUAAACCUGCAGCAGUGACACAACCGGUCAAACGUGAGCCAGAUAAAAUUGAGCAAGUUAAAAUAGAGUUGGCUAAAGCUAAAGCAGAGUUGGCUAAAAUAAAGGAGAAAAUGAGAGGAGAGCAAAAAGAGAAAGUCAGAAAUACAGUUCUCACAAAAGAAGAUGGGAUUAAAACAGAUGUUCCUUUAAAGCUAAAUAUCCAUAAAAAUGAAGAGUACAAAGAUCAAAACCAGGCAACACAAAUGCUUCAACACAGGGAAGAGUCAUAUUCAGAUCAAGCUAAUAGAGGGCUUGAUGAGUAUAGACGUCUUAGAGAGAAAUAUGGUUUUAAUGAUACGACUUCACUAAACAGAAACAAAGCGUCAGCUGCCGAAAAUGUUUCUUCAAAUGAUGCCAUUGAAACACCAGCUUUAGCUCUUGAUAAAGUCGAGACAAAGAAUAAUGAGAAAUCAAAAGACAAAUCUAGUCCUACAAGCAGAGUUGCCACAGCAAACACAGAAAGUAAGGAGGAAGUAGGCAGCUUUAAACCCACUGAGUCGACAGAAAGUCAGUAUGUUUACAGUGAGUCAUCCAAAGAAUUCAAAUUAUCCGGUGGUAAUUAUUUACCUAUCGAUGCAGAUAAAAGAGUAAAUAGUGACACUGUUACUGAUAAAGUGAAGGAUGGCAGUAACGAAAAGUUGGAAAAACGUCCCGCUCUGAAAUAUACUGAUAUUUCACAGCAAAGAGAUUCUGAUUUGGCCAGACCCCUCCCCCUUGAAAGAAUACCCAAGUCAACUGAGUCCAAUGUAGGUCCAGGUAAAGAUCAGCAUAUUACCCUUCCCAGAGUAUUGUCCCUUAAAGAGAGAGCUCAGACCAAGCAGGAGAUCUUGACUUCCAAGAUAAAAGCUCAUGCUGAAAAAGAGAUUUCAGCUAUCAAAGAAAAGGGAUUUGCUGUACGAGAUGGGUUUAUAUCCAAAAAUGCUAUCAAGCAAUUCACAGGUAUUCAGAGUAUUAAUAUAAGACAGAGGCCACCAUCACAGGAAGUGUCUAUUAAGCAUGAAAGCACAAUGUCCAGUAAUAUUACACCAAAGCACCCGAUGGAGCCUUCAGGAAUACAGAUGGAACCAGUCAAGUCUGUUUCACCUCCCAGCUCCGCUACAAUACCAGUUAAGUCUGCAGCAACCACCAUUCAGGUAGUAGACCAUUCACAGAAACAAGUUCCCAAAGAACCAAUGAAGAGCAAUGACAACUUGCCAAAACAACCCAGAGAAGCAAAACAGAUGGGAAGUUAUACCAUGAGCAAAGAUGAAGGCUUGGUAGAAAAUCAAAAGAAAGAGAAUCAAUCUCAAAUUAAAUCAAUAAUAAAAAGUAAAGAGCAAGCACCUGAGAACAAGCAAGGAAAACAGGAAGCAAAUCAAGAAGAAAAGUCUGGAAAACCGAAAGAGGGACUUAAAGACAAUCCUGCCGUAAGCACUGACCAUCUCAACAAGGAGGAAACGGAUCCAUCACUACAAGCUACAGCUUUGGCCCAAGCUGAAAGCUCCAAACCUAUGACGACAGAAAAGGCUAAGAGUAAACACAAAGCAGUUCUUGAGGACUCAGCAGCACUUUCACCAAGUCUUGUCUUUGGUCAGAACAAGACCCCAGUGGCUGAUGACAGCUUGCAGAUCACGGGAAUAAUGGUAACUGUACGAGAAAGAAAGCCAUCUAUAGACAAUGGUGAGAGGAAUAACACCACUCUAGAACAAAUGAACGUAAAAGACAAAGAGUGCAGAAAUUCAGCGAUAGAUAAAUGUCCUCCCAGCUCAGGUUUGGAAGUAAGUAAAGGAAAUACAUCUUCAAAGGAAGUUAGCGUAGUAAAGCCAAAGGAUGGAGUUGUACAGAACACUCAACCUACAGUGAAGGAAGAUCAAUCUAAAGUCGUUAUUAAUAAUCAUCCUGAAAACGUGCAAGAAAAUUCAACCCUAGAGACGAUACAGAACAAUGUGUCUGAGAAUGCCACUGUGAAAAGGACUAAUCUUCAACAGGAGGGUUCUUCUAUAAAUGAAAGACCCCAAAGGGUAACACAACUCCAAGACCCAGUGGCUGAAAAGGGUGUACCCUCCACAGUCACUGUACUUGCUAAAAAUAAAGUGUUGGCUGAAACUCAACCCCUUCUCUACAAACAAGACGCUAUUGCAAGUGAAAGGAAAGACUACACGAAUGAAAGGCCAAAAGAGACCUCAGCGAAGAGCACGAGAAAAGAUGAAGUAAAGACUACCGAAGAGAACAGUCCACAAAAAAUGCAAACAGCACAUACCAAUGAAAACUUUAUGGCCAAAGUGGCGAACACAGCAAUCAGCUACUCGAAUGGUUCAAACAGAGCUGAUGCUGAAACUCUGAUAAACCAUGAUAUACAGCCAUCAGUGAAGGAAGAUAUGACAACUGGCAUAAAUCCAUCCAAAAGCAGGAACAUAGAUGACAAGAGUGCACCCCUAGUGGAAGAAAAGAAAUGUGACUCAACACCACCAAAGCCAUUCAACAAGACCAGUCCAUCUAAUCAUUUAACUGAAAAUCAAAACACACAUGUAUCUCCAAAAGAUCAGUAUAAAGAAGCACACAUUGGAGAAAAUAAUCAAGUGGAUGAUGGUGUGCAUAUAGGCAGCAUUGCCAUCAGAGUUGUGCCAGCAGUAACUGAUAAGGACAACCUGCAGAUGGUGGGAAAACAUCAUGUCACCACUGUCCCUUCUGAUGUGGUUGCAGUUAAUGAACAACAACAAGUUGCAUCAUCUAGUCUUAACGAAAAAGUGAACACUUUAAACAACGAAGACAGAACCAACAAAGACCUCACCCCAGCAAGCAGUGAGAAGCAGAUGAAAGAUAGUUUGGAAGACGAAUUGAGAGUACAAUGCGUGUUGUCCAGUGUGUCAGAUUCACGAAAAAACAACAAUCAACAGAACAGCAUGAAUGCAACCAGUGAGAAUACUCAAGCUGAAAAUGGAAAGCCUGAAAAAGUAAAUAAAAGCGUGAAAUCAGUGGAUGAAUCAAAGAUACGGCCAAUGGUGGAAGACUACUUUCAAGUGCAAGGGGUCGAAGAAACAGAUGAUGACGAGCGCAGUCAUACAAACGUUGGAGAUACGUCAGAUGCUGUUUCAAAGAGAAGGGAACUUCCAGGAUUACUACCAAACAAGGCAGCUAUCAGCAAUGAAUCAUGCAACGAAGGAAAAAAUGAAGUCUUUGUGUUGGAUCAAAGUAAAAGAAAAACAGUUGAAUCAAGUCCAGUAAGAGUUCAAGAUGAGAACAUGAAAAGGAAAAACAGGGAAACAGAAGAUAACCAGGCUUCAAAACAGAGUGAUGGUCCCGCAGAGAGACAGAGUAAUAAAAAUGAGAAGACAGAGGCAGGUCAAGCUAUUCCUAUCAGAAAACAUCACACAGAGAACCAGUCCAGUUUAUCAGCAAGGGACAGACAGAGCUCAAGAAAUUCACACCCAACAAAGGAAAAUACGGGUAAAGAAAAACCUGAAGUUAAACCAAAACCAAAGGAAAGGGUAUCUACAAUACCGGAGAUAUCAGCACUUGCAGACUAUGCCAGGUUAAAAGUAAUUGUUUCAGAAGACGAGGCAAACCCAAUUCAGGAAUUCCCACCCAACAAAAAGGAGGGAUUCUUUCCACUUAUACAGACUCGUCAUAGCAGACGUCCAGUGUUCACUGCUGACCCACAAGACCUCUCUGUGAAAGAGAAAAAAUUGCCAACUAAGAAAGAGAUCAGCUCCAAAGUUAACAAAGAGCCCAAACCCUUAGUAUUUCCCAUUACGGAGAGAAAACACCAAAGGACGGGCAUGUUCAAACUGGGAGACAAAGAAAGACAAGAGAAAAUGCUUUUAGAUGCCAGAGCCAAUGACACUGUGGACACUGGGGCAAAACAUACAAAACAUCCCAAAGAACGAAACAAGUCACCAACAACUCAUCUUAAGAACCAAGGAAGUGAAAAACAGGUGUCUGGAACUGAUACCCAAAGAGUUCAUCAAGUCGAACAAAGUAUUCAACAGCCAAACAAUCCUCCCUCGCAAGCAACAACCUCAUCUUCUACAGUCAACAGGCCAAGAAGCAAGUCUGUGUCACGACACCUAAAGCAGCUUGAUAACUCCAAUCCACAUGAAAAUGCGCUGGCUAAGAAUGCGGAAGAGAGAACAGAAAAAAUGAGACAAGAAAGGCUUGCAACUCAGCAUGAAGAAACCAAAACACAACAGCAGAGUAGCGCAAAACCAGCUUCUAGGAUAGAAGAGGACAAAAGAGCAGAAGACAUGAGAGUAAAACAUAUGAUAGAGGAGACGAGAGCUUCUCUGGCUGAAGAAGAGAGGAGAGCCGCUCAGAGAGAAGACGAGAGGAGAGCAAGAGAGCGGGAGGCCAUUGCUAUUAAGAUCAAGGAGAGGCGGGAAAAACAGAGAGAAGCAGAAAGAAGAGCAGAGGAAGAAAGAACUGCCAAAAAAGAAGAGGAGAUGAGAGAAAAGCAAAGAGAAGAAAGGAGAAUGAAAGAACUUGAGGAGAAAAGGAGAAUAAAGAUCGAGCAGAAGUGUAGAGCAAAAUUGAGAGAGGAGGAAGUGCGGAUAAAAGAGAAUGGGGAGAAGAGGAGGGUGAAACAACGAGAGGAGGAGAGAGCUGCUCAAGAAGAGCAGCAAAGGAGAGCUGCACAAGUGGAGCAUCAGAGAAGAGCUGCACAAGACGAGGAGCAUAGAAGAGCUGCACAAGAGGAGCAGCAGAGGAGAGCUGCACAAGAGGAGCAUCAGAGGAGAGCUGCACAGGAAGAGCAACAAAGGAGAGCUGCGCAAGAGGAGCAGCAGAGAAAAGCUGCACAAGAGGAGCAGCAGAGAAAAGCUGUUCUGAUUGAGGAGCAAAGGCGAGCGAAACAGAUUGAGGAGAAAAUAUUCACUGAUAUGGAGGAGAAAAAGAAAAGAAAACAGAGAGAGGAGGAGAAAGCUGCUCAAAUUUCAGAGGAGGAGAGAAUUAAACAGAUCCAGGAGCAGAAGGUUGAAGAGGAGAGGGGAGAAAGACAGAAAAAGGAAGAAUGGAUGAUAACUCAAAGAGAGGAGGAUGAGAGGAGAGCUAUUGAAAAAGAGAAAACAAUUAUAAAACAAAGAGAAGAAAAGCAAGCCAAAGAGGAGAGGACCAGCCUCCUUGAGAAGGGUCAAGCAGCACAGAAAGAGGAGACGAGAGUUGCCCCAGAACAGAUGCUAGCUCAAAGAGAGGAUGAGAUCAGGACUAAAGAAGAAGAAAAGUUAAUCACAGAUCACAGAGAAAAGGAGAGAGACGCUCAGAUGGAGGAGCAGAAACGAGCAACACAGAGGAUGGAUGCUCUCCAGUACUAUGCCAUCACCUCAACAGAAUCAGACAGGAUACCCAGAGAAAGACAACUAUGCUCCCCUUUACCUUCCCAACAAAGACACAAUCCAGCAGGGCUUGGGUCAACCGAGGACUCAGGAUCCCACACUAGGCCUCAUAGGCCACAUGCUCCUGCAUCUCCAGCUCCAUCUCUGCCCCGCUCCAACACCUCCUCUCCUGCUCUGGGAGGCAAGCCCACCAUGUUCAGGGUGAAGGAUAACACCAUCAGAGGUUCCUCUUUCACCAAGUCAGUCAAACCACGCUUCCAUAAGAACUUUGGAGAGGAUUUCCGGGUGGGUUCACCCAUGGAGAGGUGGUCAGAGAGAGGAGAGGAGGAGCAAGAGGUAAUGAGACGCAGUGCUGGAACUCCCGUCUAUCCUGAUGCAGGGUUAAACAGACUGUCAAAAGAAUCCUCCACUUUUCGGCCAGCAUAUUCAUCACAAGAUCACUCAGCCCUUCUCCCACAACACAGGCCUUACUCCAGGAGGAGCGUCGUUCUGGAUGAAGACGACUCCCGCUCCAUCGUCAGCAACAUGUCAGAGGAUGUGGAGAGUUUUGCCACCAGUGCAACAGACCUAGCAGAUAUACGAGGCCUGUAUGACGACGAGAGGCCAGAAUCAGCCUGCAGCUUCAGCAGUGAUGUCUCCCGCUCUUUGGGCAAGCCACCAACUGUUCCCCCAAAGAGUGAGAAAGCCUUACGCAGAGCACAAAGGUUGACUACUCGGAGAAUCAAGAAGGAGUUGUCCAAAGUGGCACCAGACCGCCCUGCUAGAGUUGAGAAAUCUCCUCAAGAUGUCUCCAGUAUUCCUUCCUCCUCCAUUGAGGUACGCUCCUUCAGCCGCCAAUCUGUGGCUUCCCCCCAUUUUUCCUCACCCGUCUCCCUCGCUCAUGCUCCAACACUGGGGUCUAGCUUGCCUUCUGCACACACAGAGCAACACUCCUCUCACAGCUCUUUCUAUGCUUCCCCUCAUGCCACUGGUCCUAUCUCCCUCCCAGUUGCUUCACCUCAUGCUACUGCCCCCGUCUCCCUCCCUGUUGCCUCGCCUAAUGCUGCUGCCCCUGCUUCCCACACUGCUGCUCCUACAACAGUUGCUCAUGUUCCCUCUUCUCCCACUCUCCAUCAUGCCACCCACCCAGCUCCAGUGACACAGUACCACGUAGAGUCAAGCUAUCCCCAUUCCUACCCACUGACCCAGCGCAAGGUGCUGCAAGACCUCGGCUCUGGUCAGUAUUUCGUGGUGGAUGUGCCUGUUCAAGUGAAAACAAAGACUUUCUUUGACCCAGAGACGGGAAAGUAUGUCCAGCUGAAUGUGCGCGAGUCUGGCCAGAGUACCUCCGGACCCCAGAUCCAGCAGACGUACCCACAACCUCAGCUCCAGCCCCAAGUGCAGGUCAAGCUUCAACAACAGCCCCAGGCCUCUCCAGCUGGCAAGCCCUUUGUGCUUUAUCAAGGCAACCAUGGUUAUCCCCAAAACUACCAACCUCCGGCUAUCAACCACAUGUCCUCAGCUCCUUCGACUCUCCACCAGGACCAUCAGCCUGACAGGGAGAGCCACGGCUAUGGAUAUCCAGCCCCUGAAGUGGGACAGAUCUCUGAAGGGCAUCGCUACAGCCCAGAGAAGACUCCAUACAUGGACACAGUUAAUGACAAAGACAAAACAUAUAACCCAGUUUACAACACACAUGGCACAUAUGGGUCGGAGUGUGACACAAACAGCCAGCUUGCAGGAAGCUCAGUUUGUGAAAAUGAUAACUCAGCCCCCUCACAAUGUCAGCCCCUUAAUAUAAUAACCAUGGGUGAACUGGAGGACUUUAUGGAGGUGUCUGACUGGUAGCUUUUACGUUGAUACUGUAAAACAGACAAAGUAUUUGAUAGACUAAAGAUAUCCCAAAGCACAGUUUGAAUGGGUCAUGCAGUAUUUUAAGUGUUUGUAAAUGACUUUUCAAGUGAAAAUAGUCUCAGAAUGUUUUUGGUUUGUAGUUUUAUUAAAAAAGUCCCCGUGACAUGCUGUUAAAUUGCUGCUGUUGAUUUUGGAGAUUCACUGUCGAGCUAUUUAAUGUGUCACGGAGAAGUUCACCAUUCCAUUUGACUUUUGAAUGUGAGAAGCUAAGAUAUGUUUCUUGUGUGUAUACAUGAUCAGUAUCCCGUUGCCUCCUAAACCUAGAAGUAUCUUAUCAUACAUCGAAUAGCAACAGUGUGUCAAUAGGGUUUAGUAGUUUGGAGAAACAUUGGUUUCUGGCAUUUUGUGAUGCAUGAAAUAUUGUUAAUCGUCAAUCGUCAGCGUCAAUCAAAUAUCUGCAGAUGGCGUAAAGCAUAGUGUGUGUAUACAACCACUGUUUCAAAGUGAAAACAUGGUGAUGUGAUUAUUGCGGUUUUUAAGGUUUAAUUUCAUACAGUAGUCCAUCUUUAAAGUUGGAAGUUUUGUGAGAAUGCGUCUGUGUUGCUGUGAAACAGAGUAGUGUGACAUGGACUUAUUCAGGCAAUAAAAACACACUUCAUUCAGCCAAAUCAUUUCUCACCACAAUGACUGUCUUUCAAAAUCGCAUUGUCAAGGUUAUAAAUAAACAACAAGGAAAUAUAAAAGA